AUGGAGAAGCACCACAAACUGCGACGACCGCAAGGGUCGUCCAUACACGGGUGUAACAUAUGCGGGAUCGAGGGACAUCAGGCGGCGUUUUGCAUGAAUGGGAACGUGGAUUGGGCCAAUCGAUGGCCGCGCGAGUGCUUCGUCAUAGAGCCGCCGCAGAGCGCACCAAAGGCGAGGAAGGAGCCAGACUUUAGGAAGAUGGCGCGCGAGGCCAAGGCGUACGCCAAGAAAAAGAUGCGCAAGGAGGAACGAGAGAAGCGACGGGCGGCGGGGGAGGAGGUGUCUGAGAGCGAAGAAGAACCAGCAAAGACGGAAACCGCGACGGGUGGUGCGAAGGGGGCGAUGGUGGAGGGAUGGGUGAUGUAUUACGACAAGCUCGGACGGCCAUAUUACCACAACAAGCUGACGAACAAGACGCAAUGGACGGCGCCUACGGCGUAG